ACUUGUUGCUUAUUGCUUAUGCUGAACGGCAAACGAGUGAGCGAAGCGACCCAAUUAAGACCAAACUCUAGACAGUGAAACUACAAGAAAUUUGUGCAAAUUGUCUACGUCAUGGCGUUUUUAAAUAAGCUUGCGGCACCUGCACUGCGUCAACUGGUGGCCAGCCGUUCCUAUGCUGCCGUCUCACAAGUGUCACCCACUGGCACCUCCUUUGCGCUGACUGAGGAGCAGCAACAGUUCCAGGAACUGGCGCGCAAGUUUACGCGUGAGGAGAUCAUUCCAGUGGCUGCGCAAUACGACAAAACCGGCGAGUAUCCAUGGCCCAUUGUCAAGAAGGCCUGGGAGCUGGGCUUGAUGAACAAUCACAUACCCGCCGACAUUGGUGGCUUGGAUUUGGAUGUGUUCACAACCUGUCUGACAGCUGAGGAGCUGGCCUAUGGCUGCACUGGCAUUAUGACGGCCUUGGAAGCGAGCAGCUUGGGUCAAACUCCUGUGAUACUCUCCGGCAACAAGGAGCAGAAGAAAAAGUACUUGGGUCGUCUGCUCGAGGAACCGCUCGUGGCUGCUUAUGGCGUUACUGAACCCGGCGCAGGCUCCGACGUCAACGGCAUCAAGACGCGCGCCGAGAAGAAGGGCGACGAGUACAUUAUCAACGGUCAAAAGAUGUGGAUCACCAAUGGCGGCGUAGCCAACUGGUAUUUCGUGCUGGCACGCACCAAUCCCGAUCCCAAGUGCCCCGCCAGCAAGGCUUUCACCGGCUUUAUUGUUGAGCGCGACACACCCGGACUAACGCCAGGCCGCAAGGAGAUGAACAUGGGUCAGCGUGCUUCGGAUACACGUGGCAUUACCUUUGAGGAUGUGCGUGUGCCAAAGGAGAACGUGCUGGUUGCCGAGGGCGCUGGCUUUAAGAUUGCCAUGGGCACCUUCGACAAAACCCGCCCACCAGUUGCCGCCGGCGCUGUUGGCUUGGCCCAGCGGUGCAUGGACGAGGCCCUGAAGUAUUCGCUGGAGCGCAAGACAUUCGGUGUGCCCAUUGCUCAUCAUCAGGCAGUGCAGUUUAUGCUGGCUGACAUGGCCAUUGGUGUAGAGACCUCGCGUCUGGCAUGGCGCAUGUCCGCUUGGGAGAUCGACCAGGGACGCCGCAACAGCUAUUAUGCCUCGAUUGCCAAGUGCCAUGCGGCCGAUAUGGCCAACAAAAUUGCCUCCGAUGCUGUGCAAAUCUUCGGCGGCAAUGGCUUUAACAGCGAGUAUCCUGUGGAGAAACUGAUGCGUGAUGCCAAGAUCUAUCAGAUCUAUGAGGGCACCUCCCAGAUUCAGCGUCUCAUCAUCUCAAGGAAUAUGUUCGAGGCAGCCAAGGGCAAGAGUACGUAAGAGUACGCAUAGAUAAGUCUGGUUACAAAAACAACAACACAAUCCUCACAAGAGAACGUUUUUAAUAAAAAUAUGUUAAGUUACUUAAAAUGUGAAUGUGAAAAUAGAAUAGUCCAAAAGUCCAUGUAGAGCAAAGUGAUUUGGCAACUCAUUGCAACUAAUUAAAGCCCCAACAUUUUAAUCGCCCACUGA